AUCAAUAUGAACAUACUCAACUUUGAAUAGUAAUUUAUCGUAUCGUAUCAUAUCAUAUUCUAUGGCUUUAAUCUCUCCUAUUUCAUCGUCAAACGGAAAAACCUUCAACCAAAAACUUUUUUCCAGAAUUAGGGUUGCCAUUGAAUGCGAUGUCCCACACAUAUACAAGCUCAUGCAACAGUUAUUCGUUUACCACGACAUCACUCAUCUCCUGAAAUCGAAUGAAUCCUCCAUUGCCUCGGGGCUAUUUAACUCGAAAUAUCCUCAUCUUAGUCCUGUUACUACACUUCUAAUCGAAGUCUCUACUGAUCCUUUUCCAUCUUGUGCCAAUGACAAGAAUAACUCCAAGGAGCUUGAUCUUAACAUGCCCCUCGUAGAUGAGGAGUCAGAGCAGUUUAGAGUUGUCAAACAUGAUCAACAUGAUGUUUUUAUAGCUGGAUAUGUCAUGUUCUACCCUUGCUUCUCGAGUUUCUUCGAGAAUCCAGUCUUCCACAUGGAGAACUUCUUUAUAAGAGAGUGUUAUAGGAGGAAAGGGUUUGGGAAAUGGUUGUUUUCAACCAUGGCGUUGGAGGUUGCAAGAAUGGGAUUUUCUUCCAUUGAUUUGUAUGCUUCGGAUUGGAAUGAAAGUACACUUGAUUUUUACAAACAUAUGGGUGCUACAAUUUCUGAUGAUUUUAGGGUUUUGAGUUUGGCUGGUAAGGCUCUUGAAGCAUAUGAGGAUGAUAGUAACUAAUUGUGUGUUGUGUUACCUAAUAUUGUAUUGCCUAUAGCUCUAAAUGUUAUGUUUGUUUUGAUAGUUAUUUAAAUUUCAGUCAUUCAGUGUAUCGUAUUGUUAUAUACAUCUCUAUGUAAUAAUCGUUAUAUGCAUCUCAUAAAAACAUCUCAUUUUAUAUAAUUA